AUGAUGAUUUCUCAGCAUCCUGAUGAGCUUUUAAAAGCUCUUCAGAAUGAUGACAUCAGUGAUCUUGAAAAUUUAAGCAACCGUGAAGCUUUAACAGAUAUUUUCAUUCAGUCAAAUAAAGCAAUUCGAAUAGAAAUGAUGACAAAGGAUGCACCCGCAUUGGCAAUCGCAGCAUUUGAAGGAAGCGUCAAAUCAUUCCAGUAUUUGUGGGAAAACGGCUCAUCUUUAUUAACAAAUGAUUUAGAUUCUCGUAGUAUUGAGCAUUUUGCAUGUGCCGGCGGUCACAUGGAUAUGAUACAGUAUCUUGAUCAAAUUGGUGCUAACUUUGAGAAACUUGAUAGAGCUUUAAGAAGUCCAUGCCAUUAUGCUUGCCUCUAUGGCCAAUACGACGUCGUCACAUGGCUAUCAAUCAGAGGAAUAGAUAUCAAUACAACAGAUCUUACUGGUCAAUCUACAUUACACGCUGCUGCCUUGUCUGGAAACAUUGAAUUAGUGCAGUAUCUUUUGGAUAACAAUGCUGAUAUUGGAACAUUUGCACAAGAACACGUUUCUGUUCUUUGCUUUGGAAUUAAAUCCAAAAAUUACGAACUUUUCAAAUUUUUAUUAGAAAAAGGAGCUCCAAUUGAUCCACCAACGACGCAUUCAAACCUACUUGCAUAUGCAUGUGAAUUUGGUUGCAAGCAGAUUGUUGAUCAUCUGAUUCAGCAAGGAUAUAAUAUCAAUUCAAAAGAAACAACCGGAUGGACGCCAUUAAAUUUUGCGUUGAAAGGUAAGAAUACAGAAAUAGCAGCCUCUCUCAUCAAACGCGACAUAAUCAUUGACAAUAAAGAUAUGUAUGGAAUGUUGCCAAUUCACUGGGCAGCAAAAUUUGACUUACUCGAACCUGUUAUUUUAUUAAUUAGCCGCGGAUGCAACUUCGAUGUUAAGAACAAGAAAGGGUACACACCAUUCUUCCUUGCCGCCGGAUAUGGCGGAAGAGAGACAGCUCAGUACCUCGCAGAUAAAGGAGCGAAUAUAAACACUGUUGAUCACCUUGGAUUCACUGCUUUCAUGUUUGCCGCUAUUAAUGGAAACCUCGACAUUGUUAAAUUCCUUCACGAGAAAGGCGCAAAUAUGAACGCAUCUGAUAUGCAAGGAAAUACUGCAGCUCAUUAUGCUGCAUCAAACGGAAAGAAAGAUAUAGUAAUGUACCUUGUUGACCAUGGUGCAAAUGUUUCAAUGCGUAAUAAACAAGGAAGAACUCCUUUUGAAGAAGCAAAACUAGCAAAUCAAAUAGAGUGUGUGGCCCUUCUUCCGCCUCCUGACAACCAAACAUGCAGAAUUUGUUAA